GAGCCAGACAGGCCUCAUAUCUCAUAGAGCGUUUACAAAAGUACUUUGAGAUUGUCCACCGAGAUCAUAACAUUGACAGGUGGAGUUGAAUCCACAUCUCUGUUGGGUAUGAGUCAACUCAUUACCAGCUGGAUCAACCUACAUCGGCAAAUAUAAAGCACUUCGAUACAAACGGCACAUUUUCUGUUUAAAUAUCUAACUAUUGCUCAUAAGUUCUCUCAUCAUAUUGCUCUCUUGAGUGAUUGAAGCUUCAGGGUAUUCAUCUUUACAAUGAACUCAGUCUCUAAAUGCUCAGUUCAUCAACUGGAGAACAUAGAUGAGAAUGUUCCUGUAGAUAGGCCUGCAUCAUCUUGCGCCGCACCUGAUACCCCAACUGAAUCUAUGGAGUUCCUUGCUAGAUCAUGGAGUCUUUCUGCUACGGAACUCUCCAAAGCACUGCACAGCACCAAUUCUACAACCUCCACCGGCAUUGAUGUUCAACUUUUAUGCCCUUCUGACCAGUUUUAUACCAAGGGUUUUACUGCCUCAAAAGAAGAUCCUCAGCUAUCUAACGGACAUUGUUGUCAGAUUUUGCCAAGAGAAAGUAGCGAAACAAAGGAAUUAUUUUUACUUCACCAAGCACUUUCUCCAGAAUUCCUUUCCAAUCAAAACUUGCUGAGAAAUGGGCUUUACAGGAGCUUGAUAAGAGGGAGGACUACGGGGAGGUGGUUGAAAGAUCAGAAGGAGAGGAAAAAACAGGAAAUCAGGACUCAUAACGCUCAGUUGCACGCCGCAGUAUCUGUAGUUGGUGUUGCUGCCGCUGUUGCAGCAGUCACAGCUUCAAUAGCAUCAUCCGAAAAGCCUAAUCCCAACCAAAAGAACCCUACCAUGGCUUCUGCUGCAAUUGCAUCUGCAGCAGCUCUAGUAGCCUCUCACUGCAUUGAGAUUGCAGAAGAUAUGGGAGCUGAACAGGACCAAAUCAUAACUGCAGUUGACUCUGCUAUUAAUGCAAAAACCAAUGGAGAUAUUAUGACUCUAACAGCCGGAGCAGCCACAGCAUUGCGAGGAGCUGCUACUUUGAAGGCACGUCUGGAGAAAGGGCUUGGAGCUACUACGAUUCCAACUGUUGACGAGAAGAUUGGUGUAGCCAAAGAAGCAAACAUCUUGACAGCACUGGACUGUGUCUUUAGAGGAGGAGUACUUCUCAAACGUACAAGAAAAGGAGUUCUUCACUGGAAGCAAGUCUCUUUCAAUAUUAAUUCAAAUUUGCAGGUAGUAGCCAAAAUGAAAAGCAAGCAUAUUGCAGGAACAUUCACAAAAAAGAAGAUAUAUAUAGUCACCGGAGUGUGCAGUGAUAUCCCAGCUUGGCCCGGAAGGGAAAAGGAAGACAACGGAAAAAAGAGAGCAUAUUUUGGAAUAAGAACAGCGGAUAGAUCAAUAGAAUUUGAAUGCGGAAGUAAUGAAGACAAACAGUUCUGGUUAGAGGGAAUCCAUUACAUGUUGAACUGCGGCGCCAAAGUAACAUCCUAAAAAAUAAUAAGGAUAAAAUUGUGAUUGCUGUAAAUAUAUGUUUAUUUUUCUUCCCUUCCCCCCUCAUAUAUAGUGAUUGGAGGGACUUUUUAUAGUUAUAAGAUUUUUCUGAAAAAAUUGUUGGCCUAGUAGCCUACUAUAAGUUUAGUGAAGAAGUGUAGGAUCUAGCUA